CGCCACGGCACCCGGCAAAUUUUCGCCCCACACGCAUUUCCGAGUCUUUCUCAAAUCUCCAUAUUUUUAACCCCGCCCUUCCAAUUCCCAAUAUUCACUCUCUCCCUACACUAUAUUUUCUCUCUUCUGCGAUAUCGUUCUCUUGAAGAAACUCAUCGACCUAUGAGCGAUGGCAGAUCUCAAAUCUUCAGAUUGAUCCGGGGCCAAUUCAGAUAUGUCGAAUCUUCGGAUCGCUUUUAAGGGAAAGACAUCCGAUUCCUUUUCUUAAUCUUGAAUUAGGGUUUCAGCUUAUCGUACAUCGUUCCAGCUUCCUUCCUUUUCAGAUUUUGUAUUUUAUAGUUACUCUCCAUUUGUCGAUAAAUAUAUUUCAUCUGUAGAGGGGGAGAUAUUAAUUCGACUUGUCGUAUAGCUGAUUCUCUCUGUGGAAAAACAAGGUGAUUCCAAUUCUGAGAGAUUUUGAAUUCGUCACGAGAAACUCUAACAUUUAUUAGGUGCGUUUUUAUUGUCACCCGAAAUUGAGAGUUUUCCUGUUGAAUCUUGCAUUCUUGCACAUAGAAAAAUAAAAGAUCGAAAAGACGGAGAUCCCAACAAAAGACCUGCAAAUUUACUCUAUCAUUGUUCCUGACGUUUCUUUUCGGUUUAAUUAGAAAAGUAGAACAAACAUCUAGGGUUCUGAAUAGAUUUGAAAAUGGCCUUGAACUAUUCUCACAGACCCAUAUUCCCAUCUCACAUAGAUGUUGCUGACCUUCUGCCUUCUGACCCAUUUGAGAUGGGAAUGAGCACCUGUCCAUUUGAGAGGGCUUUAAGAGACACUUUUACAGCACUCAGUGGUUUGCUUAAUGACUCGGAAAUAGAUCGUGGAGGAUUCCAGAAAGAUAUUGUUGGCCCGAUUAAAGAGGAUUAUAGUUUUCUUACUGGCUUGGAUUUGAUCUGGAACAGUGCUAUGCAACUCCAGCAGUUACCAAGCAAUGUUCAGUCUCAUAACACGUUGAAUAUAUGUAGUUCUAUGAACCAAUCUCCCGAGAAAGCUAAUGGAGAUGUAUUGGUGCCCACCUUUGAUACGAUUUCUGGUUGCUGUACAAGAGAUAUUGUAGGCUCUAACAAUGACUAUAUUAAUGGUACUCCGGAAGAGGACGGUUUGGCAUGCUGUUCUGAUGACAAUGGAGAAGUCCCCCAUGGCGUUUGGGAUCAUGUUCUUGGUUAUCUUGAAAUAAAGGAUCUGUUAUCAGUUCAAAUGGCUUGCACAUCAUUGUGUUCCUCUGUUAAGUCUGAUCCAUUACUGUGGUGGAGCAUUCACAUUGAUAAGUCCUUAAGUGAUAAGAUCACUGAUGAUGUUCUCCAGCUUCUGUCUAGCAGGGCUCGAGGUAAUGUGCGAUGCCUAAGUUUGGUUCAGUGUACUAAGAUCACAGAUGAUGGACUGAGGCAUGUCAUUGAAGCUAAUCCACACCUGACAAUGCUCUGUGUUCCUGGAUGCACAAGACUAAGUAUUGAUGGCAUUUUGAACAUUUUGAAGGCUUUUAACUCUAAGAAGGGUAGUGGUAUAAGGCACUUGAGAAUUGGAGGCCUCUAUGGUGCGACUCAUGAACAUUAUGAAUGUUUGAAGUCAUUACUAGGUACGAAGUUCCUGAAGGUGCAAAGUGAUCAAAAGCCGCAUUUCUAUUUAAGUGGGAGUAUUUAUCGCUUGUGUGAUGAUGAACGCCCUAUUGAUAUUGAGGCAUGCCCAAGGUGUGAUAAAAUUCGGAUGGUUUACGACUGUCCAUCUGAGGGCUGUCAAGUUAAAGACCCUUCAAGUCCAGGGUGCCGGGCCUGCACUCUUUGCAUUCCCAGGUGUGUUCAGUGUGGCAAGUGCAUCAGUGAUGGUCCCUAUGAAGAAACAUUUUGUCUGGAAAACCUCUGUACUGCUUGUCAUGAUCAGACUGAAAACCAAGAGGAUGGUAUAGGGUUAAAUAAGCACCUCCAUGCUUGUGAGUGGCGGCAUAACAUUUUUCACAGUGGCUAGGUAAAGAAUACGCAGUGUCUUAUUCAGUUAUUCUAUGUGCAAAUGACCACCACCUACAAAUCCUCAUGCCUUGGAGAGAGCACAUGAAUCAGGAAGUUGACUUUGAGCUCCUCCUUAUCAUCAUUGUGGUUCCAAGGUCUACCAUGUUAAUAUGGUUGUUUGAGAUUCCAGCUGACUUUGAGCUCCAUUUUUUCUUUGUAAAAUUUGCAUGACUCUUGGUUAGCCUUCUUUCAGCUGUUUGGAGAGAGACCAUCUUACUGAUGGCAACACUUUAAACAAAAUUCCGGAGAAGCCUGUAGUGUGAUUAUCCCCGGAUUACCUGCCUUUUUACUGCAUGUGGGACCCACUUGUCAAGACUAAGUAGCUCAGCUUAUCCCACGAGAUUAUUUGAACUGUAUAAACCAUGUGACUGGUGAGGAGUUUAUUUGAGAAUGUAGUUGAACUGGAUUGUGUGGUUGAUUUUCAUAUCUUUGUAUGUAAACACGCUCUACACCCUCUUCUUGUUCUGUUUGUGUUUAAUCUAUUUUUCUAUUCCAAAUAUAUUAGUUAGUCAGUUGUUAUGACUAACUAAUUAUGAUUGGUUUCCAUUCCAAGAAUCUGUUGUUUUUUAAC